AUGCAUAUAUCGCUAGAGUUUGCAAUCGCAUACGAUAAUAUUUUUUGUCGUCCGUCGAAAUUGGAAAAGGAGAUUAGACAAGGUUUAGGAAGUGAAGUGUAUAUGAUGACAGUCCCUCUUCUGGCAGUGGUUCCGGCCAAUGUCGUCAUGGGGUGCUUCGCACAGGAUGUGGCGGGUCUGUGA